GUUGUAAAUUUUACUCAUUAUUUAUUUUGAAUUUUCGCAUUUAUUCAAAAAAAUUCUUUAACGGUAGUUCCAAUGUACCCGAUGUGUCAAACAUUGAGGUUAAAUGAUGCAAAGUGUGAAAAUAUAACAUAAGUUUCAAAUUUUUAAUAUUACUAGUUUCACAAAAUGCAGAGGGAAGAAGUCAAAAACUAUUUCACAAAAAUUAUUAAAGAGGAAGAGGAUGUUUCUAUUGGAGUUGCAGCUAUAAGAACCUUGCUAGAAAUAAUAAAUCAAUCGAAAUGUGGUACUGUAAAAGAAUUAGAUGUCAUACUGAAAGAUGGAAUUAAUGUAAUGCAGAGCUUAAAUUAUCCUGUUGCUGGAAUUACAUCAGGAUGUGAGCUGUUUUUGAGGUUUAUUACUUUGGCUUCCUUGGAUUCUUCAUUUACUGAAGCUAAAAAAGUUAUGCUGGGAAGAGGGAAGAAAUUUAUUAAUAAAUUAGGUGAAUCUAGAAAUAAAAUUGUGAAAUUGGCAUCUGAAUUCAUUUUGGAUGGAUCUUCAAUUUUAACUCACUCAAGGUCCAGGGUUGUAUUAAAAACAUUAAAAGAAGCAGCCAAACAGAAAAGACAAUUUCAAGUAUUUGUCACUAUUUCAGCUCCAGAUGAUUGUGGAAAACGAAUGUGUAAAGACCUUGAAGCUGAAGGAAUACCAUGUACUUUAAUACUGGACUCCGCGAUUGGAUACAUUAUGGAGCAAGUGGACUUCAUCAUGGUUGGUGCUGAAAGUGUUGCAGAAAGUGGUGGAAUAGUAAAUAAAGUUGGAAGUUACACUAUGGCCGUUUGUGCAAAAGCAAUGAAAAAACCGUUCUACGUGUUAACCGAAAGUUUUAAGUUUACUAGACUGUUUCCUUUGAAUCAGUCAGAUUUACCGGCCGAAUAUAAAUACAAUGCAGAAAGUAUUAAUAAUAAUGAUUUGAAGAAAAUCCAUCCUCUUGUAGAUUAUACUCCUCCUGCAUAUAUCACCCUGCUGUUUACUGAUCUGGGAAUUUUGACGCCUUCAGCUGUUAGUGACGAAUUAAUAAAACUUUAUUUAUAAUAUAAUUUUUCUUUUAACUAACUUUAUUAAUUUGUUUAUAUUUUUUAUUUAAUAAAGUUUACUACAAGAUUACAUAA